ACUAAGUCCACGCGUGUGAGGAGCGUGAGGCAGCGCCAUGUUUCAAGGGCAGCGGGGCUGGUUCUGUGGCAGCGUCAGCCACGACUUGAGGCAGUUUUGGGUGGCUGAAGGGGGGACUAUCAGUGACCCGAGGGUCGCCGACUUCUUGUUCAGCUGCGAUGCCUCACACCCAGACACGCUGAGAAUAUAUCAGAGUCUUGAUUACAUAGAAGAUAAUGCUACAGUUUUUCACGCCUGCUAUCUCUCUGCUGUAGCCAAUGCUGAAAUAAAAAACUCGGUGGCUUUAGGUCAUUUCAUUCUUCCUCCUGCAAGCCUGCAAAAAGAAAUAAGGAGAAAAAUUGGUAGUUUUAUUUGGGAACAAGACCAACAUUUUCUGAUAGAAAAGCAUGAUGAAGUAACAUCAAAUGAACUAAAGGCCUUUAGGGAAAGCAGUGUACUAGCAACAGAUCACAAGAAAGAAUUAUCCAAAAGCACAGAAAAGCAUUUUAUAAGGACUCCAGUUGUAGAAAAGCAGAUGUACUUUCCUCUUCAGCACUAUCCAGUGAACAACAUGGUAACAGAAGCAAAGAACUCCAAGAUAGUAGAGUUGGAAGGUGGAAGCUCCAGAGAUGCUCAGAGUAAAUCAUCAGGGGACUAUUGCCUGACCUGCCUCCAGUGGUGAAAUGAACAAGAGAUGGACCUGAGGUGAACCUCUGAGAUAUUGUCUCCCCUCACCAAAGUGUUCAUGGAACCUUGAUUAAUAGUACAGUCUCCUUGUUUUAUAGAUCACUGGGAAGGUCUGUCUACUGUGCCCUGUACCCUCUACUAAAACUUUUACCAACAUAAGCAAUUUAAUGAUAUUUUCGCCAUUGCAAAAUGUGUAAUUGGUAUGAUCACUUCAAAUACACACGCCCAGGGUCCGUUUCACAGGCACACAGGCUAUGCGGUUGCAUGGGGCCAGUAUGCUUAGAAGGGUCCCACAUUUAAUUCUAAGCUCUGAUAUUGCUGUCUUAAAAUUCUUAAGUUUUGAACAAAGGGCCCCAUAUUUUCAUUUUGCACUGGUCCUUGCAAAUGAUGUAGCCAGUUCUGAUUGGGUGAACUGAGAAGCGAUUAGAAGUCAGAUCAGCUGUGGUAAAGGUAGGGUAGAUUGUUCUUUCAAUCAUGACAAGACUCAAUAUUUAAAUUCCAGAAUUUGGGAUUUCCCUGGUGAUCCAGUGGUUAAGAAUCUGCCUUCCAACUCAGGGGACAGAGGUUCGAUUCCUGGUCAGGGAACUAAGCAUUUCACAUGCAGUGGGUCAGAGCAGCCCAAGAGCAGCAACUACUGAGCCUGUGGGCUCUAGAGCCUGUGUGCCCCAGCUAGAGAAGACCAUGUGCUGCAGUGAAGGCCCAGCACAGCCAAAAGUAGAAGAAAAAACUAAAAAAAAUCCUAGAACUUAAUGAAUUUGAGAAUAACACUUUCAUGUUAAAAUUUUUCCAAGGAGCUUCCCUGGUGGUUCAGUGGUUAAGACUCUGAGCUCCCAAUGCAGGGGGCCCAGGUUCGAUCCCUGGUCAGGGAACUAGAUUCCAUGUGCUACAACUAAAGAUCCUGUGUGCUGCAACUAGGACCUGGAGCAGCCAAAUAAAUAGAUAAAUAAAAAUAAAUAUUAAAAAAUAAAACUUUCCCAUAGCCCUCCAUUACAUAAAAUUCAUGCUAAGAUCAGAAAAUCAUGACCCAGAAGAAACUAAGGAAGUCCUGCUUCUUUGUUCUCCACAAGGCUGGUGCUGUGGGGAAACAUCUCUUGUGGAACAUCCAUGAGUGUGGGAAAAACUGGCAUAUAUCUUGUAGGUCAAUACAUUUUCUAAACUUACUUUUUGUGUUAAUAUAUACAUAUGGAUGUCUUGGGCUUCCCAGGUAGUGCUAAUGGUAAAGAACCCACCUGCCAAUGCAGGAGAUGUAAAAGAUACAGGUUCAGUCCCUGGGUCAGGAAGAUUCCCUGUAGGA